AUGAGGACCUCGCUCGCUCUUGCCGCCUACAUCUCGGCUGUGCUUGCACAAGCGCCUAGUCUCACCGACCUCAUCGGUUCCCAGCCUGACCUCAGCACCCUGGGCACCGCCCUCAGCAGCUUCCCCGAUCUCGUAGCGGUCCUCGGCAGCCUGAGCAACAUCACCAUCCUUGCGCCCACCAACUCUGCAUUCGAGGCUCUCCUCGCUGGAGAUGCAUCUCUAGAGAGCACUGCACUUAGCUCAAACAACACGGACGCUAUUCAAGCACUCCUUGCGUACCACGUUCUCAACGGGACUUACGUCUCGUCUGACUUCAGCGAGACUCCCGCUUUUGCACACACUCUCCUCACGCCAUCGGGCCAGAGCGACAGCUUGACCAACGUCACAGGUGGACAGAAUGUCGGUCUCCAGUUGAUUGGAGGAAAUGCCACCAUCGUGAGCGGAGAGCUGAAGGGCUCAAACGUAGUCGAAGCAGACAUUCAAGCCGCCAACGGCGUCGUCGUCCACAAGAUCGACUCCGUCCUCACCAUACCGCGCAACGCUUCCACCACACUCACCGCCCAGUCCGACGUCGAAGUGACUUCCAUCCUGAGCGCCCUUACCACCGCCAACCUCGUCGGGACCAUCGACACCAUCGCCGACCUCACCAUCUUUGUCCCCAACGAUGCCGCCUUCGCUGCCAUCGCAUCCACCCUCGCCAAUGCCUCCGUCGAGGCCAUCACCAGCAUCCUGACCUACCACGCCGUCGCCGGCGCCGUCGUCUUCUCCAGCGACAUCACCAACACCACCGUCAAGACCGUCAAUGGCGCCGAGCUCACCCUGGCCGUCGGCACUGAUGGCAACGCCUACAUCGACAAUGCGAAGGUCGUCCUGCCUAAUAUCAUCCUCAGCAACGGCGUGGCCCACAUCAUCGACUCUGUCCUCAACCCUGAGAGCGAGACCCCAACCCCCGGAAACGGUACUUCUACCAGCGCCCCUGUGCCUUCUCCCACGAUGUCUGAGUUCCCCGGUGCGGCUGUUAAAGUCCAGGGCGCGAUGGGCGCGGCGGUGGUUGGAUUUGCCGUUGCCAUGAUGCUCUAG